UGAUUCAGCGUGGCGAGAUCCAAUGGGGAGACGAGACAAAGUUUCCAUCCGCACAGCUGAAUACCAUAAAGUUCAUAUGGCUGCUGCAGGGAAAUAUGAAAAGGAGAGAGACAUGGAUGCGCAUUGUAAUGAGCCAUUUGGAACUUUUAUUUUGUAGACUUUUUUUCUGAGCGAUCUGAACUUUCUCUUUGUAGUCAGUUCUCAUUUUGUCGCAUUAAACCAAAUAUAUGUUGGUAGGGUUGCAGGGAGUUACCUGUUGGAAUUCAUCUUUCACCUGAAAAAGCGUAGGGUUGUUUGAUUUCACCUUUGAUGUAAUAUGUGGCGAUUGGAGUUAAUGUCGAUAAGUCCCGUUAUUGUACGAUUCAUUAGCGUUUAAGAACACGGGGUUGGACGGUUCCAAUAUUUGCUGACACAUCAUUCUAAACGCCGAGGCGCCCACGCAAACAUCUGCCACACUCAUCUAUAUGUACAUAUUCUGCCCAAAUUUAUCUGCAGAUACACAAGACAAACUUCUUGAAACCACGACACGUCCCGAAAUCACACGUACACACACCAGUAUUACAUGUUUGCCAGACCUGAGUCACGCCGCCACAUCUUGGUCGGCGCGUACAUUGCAGGUGUUCAGAAACAUGCUCGCAGAGUCGGAACCCUCCUGGGGAAAUAAGAAUCAUCCUGUGAAUUUUGACGAAAAUCACCACGGAAUGGGUUGCUGGAUAGAGAUGGCCACGAUAUCAUUAUUUACUUUUCAUUUAACUAAAACAUGCAAAAACAGCAGAAUCUUCGCUAAAGCAUCUUAUGCGAUGAAUCUCUAAAUGUUUGGUUCUUAACCUAUCCAGUUCAGCAUUUAAAUAAUAGAUAAACUCAGGGACUGCAUUAGAAACAGAGAAAAUAGUCUUUAUUGACUCUCUAGCGCUCCCAAUUUAAUCGCCAACUAAAUCUUAUUCACUCCAUUCACAUGCACAAUCUUGUACUACUAAUUUGAGGAAGGACAUUCUUACUAUUGAGAGUGUGCAGCCAAGGUUCACGAUGUUAAUUCCCGGGAUGGCGGGACUGUCAUAUGAUGAAAGAAUGGAACGACUGGGCUUGCAAUCACUAUAAUUUAGAAGGACGAGGGGGAUCUUAUAGAAACAUAUACAAUUAUUACGGGAUUGGACACGCUAGAUGUACGAAACAUGUUCCCGAUGUUGGGGGAAUCCAGAACCAGGAGCCACAGUUUAAGAAUAAGGGAUAGGCCAUUUAUAGCUGAGAUGACGAAAAACCUUUUUCGUCCAGAGAGUUGUGAUUUGUGGCAUUCUCUGCCUCAGAAGGCUGUAGAGGCCGAUUCACUAGGUGCAUUCAACAGAGAGUUAGAUGGAACUCUUAGGGCUAGCGGAAUCAAGGGGUAUGAGGAGAAGGUAGGAACGGGGUACUGAUUGUGGAUGAUCAGCUAUGAUCAUAUUGAAUGGCGGUGCUGGCUCGAAGGGCCGAAUGGCCUACUCUUGCACCUAUUUUCCACGUUUCUAUGCACACGCACUCUCGUGCGCACACACACACACACAGUUCCUGAACAUAAAUAUAAACGCCAUACACAUAAAUGAUACAUACACACGUAUUAUUCUUGAUAAUUCAAAUAAACAUUUUAUUUCCAAGCUAUGCUCACACUCACGCGGUAUGUAGUUAAUAUCUUAGAAUAAAUAGACAAUAUUUCACAUGAGAGUUCUGCUGAUAAACGAACAAGACACUGGAUUUACACAAUGAAGAUUACAAGUGUAUACUAGCAGAGAAAGAUAGUUGGUUUUCCGUAGGGCGAGUAAAUGAAUAAUAAAACAGAAAAUACCCAGCAAGUUUGACAGUAUGUGUGGGGAAAGAAUGGAGUUGACAACUGAGGUCGAUUACCGCUUAUCAUUUGUUUUGAUAAAAAGUCAAUGAUCUAAUAAGGUAUCAACCCAGUUACUUUAUAAAUGCUCCUUGACCCGUCGAGCAUUUGCAGCAUUUUUGGAUUUUUUCUCAGAUUUUCAGCAUCUGCAGUAUUUUGCAUCUGAUUAAUUUAACAUUAUUUUCGUUUUAUCCAUCACUGUUCAUCUUCAAAGAUUGAUAUUCUUACAGGCAUAUGCCACAACAUUGAUUUAUACUUCUACAGUUUAAACGUUGCCAUGUAGUAAUCUCAAAAUGAUCAUUUUUUGUACUGUUCAAUGUAUUAAUAAACCUUCGUAGUUUACCAAAGAUAAAACUCGAAUUAUAGAGUUGUAUAGCAUUGAACUGGCCGUUCGGUCAAAUCCGUCCAAAUUUGACCAAAAUGCCUUCUUGAACUAGUCCCGUGUGCCUGCAUUUGGCUAUCCCUCUAAACCUUAAUUUAAAAAAUGCUGGAGGAACUCAGCGAGCCAGGCAGCAUCUGUGGACUGGAAUUGACAGACGACGUUUUGGGUCGAGAUCUUUCUUCAGGCUGAAGGGACUUGGCCCAUAACUUAACUUUUCCUGGUUUGAACUGUUGCUCUGGUCACCCUCUCCCCUCCAAGGCAGCAGCUUUGCUAUAUCCAUUUUAGUAUAUUUUCCACAUUUGUUUAUAAUAUUUGUCAUAUCAGUUUCUUAACGAUAUCAGUAAAAACAAGUGAUUUUAAUCUCUUGGGUUUCUUUCUGCCUUUAUAGUUCAACGUUUUACAAUUUAUGGUAAUGAGUUUUUAGAAAUCACAUUUGGCAGAUCAGCCAAAGCCUAUUGUCAAUCAAGGCCCGGAUUUGUUUUGAUAUCGGAGUCGGUUUGCAGUUUGCAUUCCUCGUCGUGGGGCGGCAGUAGAGAGGUUAUAAUUAAAAUAAACUUUCCUCGCUUUGAAAUCCUUCUUUGCCCUUUCCAGCUGCUUUCGAGCGGUUUCAGUUGGAGUUUGUUCGGCUCGGAAAUGUCGAGACCUCUGGGUUAUUCACGGUGGGAGUGGGAUUUGCCUACAGCUCUGAAACUAUCAAGCUGAGGGUGAACCUCUUGCCCCCUCCCCUCAAGUCUUGCGCUCGGUCCCGUUGGGAUUUAUAGGUUUUUUAUUUUUUCCAAAGAGUUUUUUUUAUGCACAAACACAAAAAAAAUUGUAGCUUUCCUCGCUCGCUGGUAACACUCUGCAUCUGCUCUGUGUUAAAUGGGAUUGAGAGUCGGUGCAACACAUCGAGAGACCGGCACGGUUCGAUCUUCAAGACUUCAAUCGGCUCCAAAGUUUGCUUACUUUUCCCCAGCCCAUUUUUUUCAACCUAAAGUUUCCAAGAAGUCAAUGGAAUGAACAGGCAGAUGUUGUCAGAUGUGUCUGCUUUCUCCCCAAUGGGACUCAGAAAGAUAAUGAAGUAACGGGAUGGAGACGGCGGCAGUCCCGGACUCCAGCAAAGCUGCUGCCUUCGGGGGGAGAGCCCUAAUCCUCUGUGCUGUAUUGUACUGUACUUGUUGCCUGGGACUUGGACAAGUACUGCCUGAAGAUGUGGACAUUCUCCAAAGGCUGGGCCUUACUGGGAAAAAAGCACAAUCGCAGUCAUCAUCAUCUUCUGUAACGUCCCACUCUGUUCCUCAGGGGGUCAUUCCUUUUAAAUCAGGCGUUAUUCUCACCCAAAGAGCACGCAUCAAAACACCAGUUGCAGCACUCAUUCCUGCCUCAUAUGGCACUAACCUUGCCAUAGUUUUGAGCUUAUGCUCACAUCGUAUCAACAAUGCUUUUUUAUUUUCUGUUAGAAAUAAGAAGAAAAAACUACAGCUUGGUGUUCAGUUUAUACCAGGUAAAAUCAUUGUGUACGUAGGACACAAACAGUCUGUAUAUUUUGAUUAUGACGUUCAUGAUGGCCAGUGGCACCACAUGGCGAUCAACAUCAGGAGCCGAAAGGUUACUCUAUAUACUUCUUGUGGGAAGAAUCGUACAAAUGCAAAUUUGCAUUUCAAAAAGGAAGAUUCUUUAGAUCCUGAUGGUUCCUUUCUUUUGGGAAAAAUGAACCAAAACUCAGUUCAAUUUGAAGGAGCCAUUUGUCAAUUUGAUAUUUAUCCCUCUGCAAAAGCAGCACAUAAUUAUUGCAAAUAUAUUAAAAAACAGUGUAGGCAGGCAGACAUCUACCGACCGAACCUUCUCCCACUGCUUCCUGUUUUACCACAAUUUCCUAAUUCAUCUGUUAUCACCUCUUCUCCAUUAUUGCUGCAUAAAAAGACUGGAAAGGAUGACAACUGUACAGAGAAGUCAGCUUUGAUGGGCACGGCUCAAACGAUGCCGAACAUCAAGAUCCAGACUAAUAAACGUGCAUCUUUCGAAACCACGACCCAGCCUGCUCUGUUGUCAACACAGCGCCGGAACACUGCUUCUCCCCAUCGACAGAUGGCAACAACAACACUACUCCCAAGCACUGAACUUCUCCAGCUCCCUCCACGUAUCAAAUCUCCAACUACAGCCCCUGCUAUGAUGCUAUCUCACACAGCUCAUGACAAAUCAACCAAAAAAAAGAAUGAAAGGUUAACAAAGCAGCAAGGACCAAAAUCUUCUGAUAUUACGACAGAGCCAGUUAUGAAAAAGAAAGCGAAAGUAACUGUAAAUGUGACAACAAAUCCAACAUCAACAAAGCCAGUGAAAAAGAAACCAGAAUACCAAUCCACCGAGAAUCAUUUUGAGACCCAGAAACCCUCAACAGUACUUGUGGAAAGACAGGAUGAACAACCACAAAGGCAUAACAAGCAGCCUUCAGAAAAGAACACUGAGCAAAAAUCAACAACAACUCAAUAUGACUCUAGGGGUACCUACACUGUCAUGACUGUAACACCUGCUGCCACAGAUGGAUACCAAACCUUUGGGAUGGAAAGUUAUACCGUUGACCCACUUUUUCAAGAACAACUAAGUAUAAAAGGCGACCCUGGACCAAAGGGUCCUCGAGGCCCUCCAGGCCUACCUGGUCAACCUGGAAAAAGAGGACCUCGGGGACAUCAAGGACCCCAUGGAAAUCCUGGCCGACCUGGUCCCAUUGGUGGGAAGGGCCAUAAAGGUGAACCUGGCAUCUCUCCAGGAAAAGCACUCAAUGGACACAAGGGUGACCGGGGCCGUCCUGGUGCCCUGGGACUGCAAGGACCAAAAGGCCGAAAGGGACUGAGGGGCUACCCUGGAUCACCUGGCCAUCCCGGAGAAUCAGGGGAACGUGGACCAGAUGGAAGCCGAGGUGCCAAAGGUUAUCCUGGCAGGCAGGGUUUACCAGGACCAGUAGGAAAACGUGGACCUAAAGGAUUAAGGGGCUUCAUAGGCCCACCAGGUUUAAUGGGGCUUUCGGGGGCAAAUGGAAAGCAAGGCAUGCCAGGAGAACCAGGGAAGAGGGGCAAGAUGGGUAGGCCGGGAUUUCCAGGACAUUUUGGAGAGAGAGGAACACCAGGCUUAGACGGAAGUCCAGGAGAAUUGGGAGCCCCAGGCCCUGCUGGCGUUCGCGGAUUGGUUGGUGACGUCGGGACACUUGGGAAGAUGGGCAGGCCAGGGCCACGCGGACCUAAGGGACUGAUGGGAAACGCUGGAGAACCAGGACUGAAAGGUGAUAAGGGUGACGAGGGCAUUCCAGGAAUACCAGGAGAACCGGGUUUCCCUGGUGAUAAGGGUAAUCCAGGAUUACAGGGUUUGCCUGGAAUGAGGGGGAAAAUUGGAAUAUCUGGAAUAAUUGGUGAUAACGGUCCAGUUGGAAUACCAGGACCCCCUGGCCUUGAGGGUUUUCCAGGAGAUAUUGGACCACCAGGGCAAAAUGGUCCAGAAGGCCAAAAGGGGAAACCUGGAGCACGAGGUCUACCUGGACCACAGGGCAUGGGUGGCCGAGAGGGGGAUGAAGGACCAAGUGGACCUUUGGGAGAUCCAGGCCCUGAGGGACGUCCUGGGAGGAGAGGAUUUCCAGGCAAACCAGGACCUGAUGGUCCUAAGGGUGAACCUGGCGAUCUUGGAAAAGUGGGGAAAGUUGGAGAGCAGGGCGUGGCAGGAUUCAUGGGACCAAUUGGAGAGCCUGGGAAGAUUGGGGAAAAGGGUGAUCGUGGUGAAACAGGUCCUCCAGGUCCUCCAGGAGUUAAGGGAGCAAUGGGUCACCCAGGGCCUCCAGGAGACUUAGGCCCUCCUGGACCAAUUGGACCCCCAGGUGCCAGAGGCAUUCAAGGAUCCCCUGGAUUGAGAGGAAUGAAGGGCCGCAGGGGUGCAAGAGGUUCUGAUGGUCCUACAGGGGAGCCAGGGUCAUCAGGUGUCAAGGGAUCUGUAGGGGACCCUGGGCGUACGGGACCAGAUGGACAGAAGGGGAAAAGUGGAGAAUCAGGAAAACCAGGACCACCCGGAUUUAUAGGUAUAUCAGGACCAUCUGGUCCGCCAGGCAUAAAAGGAGUUCCAGGAGAACCAGGGCCACCUGGACCAGAGGGAGUAAUUGGAAUGCUGGGAGAGAUGGGUCCAAAGGGGUUGCCUGGUCCUUUUGGUGAGCCUGGACUCCCAGGAGAAGUCGGAGAGAAGGGUGCAAUUGGUCCAGCUGGAGUUGCAGGUGAACAAGGACUCAUGGGCCAAAGGGGUGAGCCUGGUCUGGUUGGUGACGAUGGACCCAUAGGAAUUGAUGGGGUCAAGGGUGACAAAGGAGACCCAGGGACAGAAGGGGAUAAAGGAGAGAAGGGGACAGAAGGAUUAAAAGGAAAAGAAGGACCACCAGGAGUACCAGGAAUCACGGGAGUACAAGGACCUGAAGGAAAGCUGGGAAAACCUGGGAUAAGGGGAAUACCUGGCAGAAAGGGUAGCAAAGGACACUUGGGAUAUCUGGGAGAAACUGGACCCCCAGGAGACCAAGGACCUAUAGGAACCCAGGGGCCCAAGGGAUCUCGAGGAACACGAGGAUCUUUGGGUGCUCCUGGUCGAAUGGGAGUUCAGGGUGAACCUGGGUUACCAGGCUAUGAGGGACAUAAAGGACCGCCUGGCCCGAAAGGACCACCUGGUCCCAAAGGUGAAAAGGGUGAACAAGGAGAUGAUGGGAAGGUGGAAGGACCAUCUGGUCCACCUGGUGACAGGGGCCCUGUUGGGGAUCGGGGAGACAGAGGUGAAUCUGGAGAUCCUGGCUAUCCUGGUCAGGAAGGCCUGGAUGGCGAAAGGGGGAAGCCUGGCCAGCAAGGUUUACCAGGUAAUCCUGGACCUCCAGGUCAACCAGGUGUAAAAGGAUCGAAAGGUCAAGAGGGACGAAAAGGAAAAACAGGUGUGCGGGGCAUUCGAGGAAGCCCAGGCCCGCCAGGACCAGUUGGGCCUCCUGGUCCGAGAGGCGUUGUUGGCCGGCAAGGUCAAGAGGGCGCUCCAGGGUUGGAUGGAAUUCCAGGACUCGAUGGCAAACCAGCAAUUACAGGGGAACAGGGAGACGAUGGGAUUGUGGGAUUGAUUGGUGCAUCUGGGGCACGUGGCCGUGUUGGAGUACCCGGACUACCUGGAUCUCAGGGAUCUCCUGGCUUUAAGGGAGAAAGAGGUUUGCGGGGUCAGGCAGGACCACCUGGAAUAAAAGGAACCGAAGGAGGGACUGGACUUCCAGGGAAGAGAGGUGACCCAGGUUCUAAAGGUCAACCGGGAGAUCCCGGAGAGUCUGGCUUCCCUGGGCUGAUGGGAGUGUUUGGACCAAAGGGCCAUCCUGGAGAUGCCGGUUUUACUGGGAUCCAAGGUCCAAAAGGGCCUCCGGGAUUAAUGGGUAAAGAAGGCGUCAUGGGUCCAUUCGGAUUUACAGGUCCUAAGGGGCAUCCAGGUCCAAAAGGUUACAAAGGAAAUCAAGGUGAUUCGGGGCCACAAGGGCCAAAGGGUCCGAUGGGGCCUCGAGGACUCCCUGGACCACCAGGUCUUCCCGGAAUUCAAGACGCACUCAAACAAGAAGAGCUCGGUGCUGCUUUACAAGCUUAUAUUGAAUCAAAAACUACACUCAGGACAGAGAACUAUCAGAAUUCAGACCUACCUUUGAUUGACCAAGGAGCAGAGAUCUUUAAGACUCUACACUACCUCAGUAAUCUUAUCCACAGCAUAAAGAACCCUCUGGGAACCAGGGACAAUCCUGCCCGGGUCUGCCGUGAUCUUAUGAACUGUGAGCAGCGAAUGAAUGAUGGCACUUACUGGAUUGAUCCCAACCUUGGUUGUACUUCUGACACAAUUGAAGUAGCCUGUAACUUCACUAAUGGCGGACAAACCUGUCUCAAGCCCAUCACUGUGUCAAAGUUGGAGUUUUCAAUGGGAAGAGUCCAGAUGAACUUUUUGCAUUUGCUGAGCUCCGAGGCAGUCCAACACAUUACCAUUCACUGCCUCAAUGUGCCAGUCUGGACGGAUGGAAGCUCUAACAAGCCAUUUAAACAGGCUGUCAAGUUCAAAUCCUGGAAUGGCCUGGUGCUGGAGGCAGGAGGGCAGUUUAUUCCGAAAGUGCUGCUGGAUGAUUGCCGGAUACAGGAUGGCCGAUGGCAUCAGACUCACUUCAUUUUUCACACACAAGACCCCAAUCAGCUGCCAAUAAUCAGCAUCUCGAACUUACCACAACCAAAACCAGGAAUACAUUAUCACCUAGAGGUCGGGCCUGUCUGCUUUCUCUGAACUCCUGACUGAACAAUCUUUAACCCACAUCAGAGCAUAAUUGGUCUUUAUUACAUAUUAAAGUAAAGAAAUUGCUGGUAUGAUGUGAAGAUGUCACAUUCUGAUCAGAAAAGGCAAACAAUGGCUUUAAAAAAAUAAUAAUAAUAAUUAAGGAAAAUGUUAUCAGACUUGAUUGAAGGAAGAGUUCUUAGCUAAAACAACUAGAAUUGAAAAUCUCCACAAGUAGCCAAAGAACCUUUCUGCCAUUGUGUUGAGAGAAAUGAGAAAGUCUAUAACUGGGUUGCAGAAAAUCAGUUUUGUGGGGGAAAAAAAGCAAAUUGGUUUCCAGUAGCUGUGAAACUACAUAACAAGUCAUGCGCAGCCAAAGGUUAGGAGACUUCUAAAAGAGUGACUAAAUAGCUGGGGGCUACAUGCCUGAUAAGCAUCACCAAUGUGCAAUAGUGGAAGGGAAAGGGGAACUUGUAAGAGUUGUUGAAAUUUUCUAAAUCCAUGAGACUUAAUUUAAUGUAUGAACCAUUAGAGAGUUGGCCUGCAGACCUGCAGAUGCUUGGCCCAAUUGACUGGUUUCAGGCAAGGGGAAAUCGGAGAAAAGAAUGGUGCAUUUGCACCAGAUAAUUUUCAAGAUUUAAAACACGGUGCUAAUAAAAUGAGUUUCCCAGGGUGAUUUUCUACCUCUCAUUUCCUGGUACUGGUGCUCACAUUCUCAGAUUUAUUUCCAUGCGUAUGUCAGUUCAGACACAGUGGUGCUAUGCAAUUCCGACAGGACAAACGUGGCUGCCCCGGAUAGCGUUUCUACUUACUGAGUAGGGCGAGAACCCUCAUCCCUAUUUCACCUGCCCACUUCUCCUUACCUAUUAACUUAAUUAUGUCCAGAGUGCCUUUAGUAUUUUAAGGGAUAAUUGUAAUUGUGCUUUGGGGAGGGAUGAAAGCAGCCGACCAUUCCUGUGUCACUGACAGACCUUUUAAAAGAGUAAAGUUGGAAAGUUGUUGAGAGUUAAAGUAUUUUUGAAAGCUAUACUGUUUUUUAAGUUCUUUAUUUUGAAUACUGCUUCUGUUUGUACAGAGUUGCCCUUGAAAGCUGUAAUUAAUAUUUAGGGAAGCUUUAUUAAUUAAAAAGGAACUAGAUCUUUACUGAAAUGGUAGAUUUUCCACCUUUUAAAAUUGUGUAAAAUGUUUCUACGUGCUAUGUUGUAUACAGUGGAUCAAUAUUUUACAGUCUGCUAUUUAAUGUUAUUUAAAUGUUUUAAAAUCAUAGUUAAAAAAAAACAAACGCCUCUCCCUUUUACAGAUGUCUAUGUUUCAAAGUAGAUCUGUCUUUUUUGUAGUUGUAAACAUGUUGCUUCAGCACCCAACUGGUCUUGGAAAGUUGUGUGGAGUUCUUUUGUGGCUUGUUUAAUGUGUAAAUUUGGUGCUUUGAAGAGAAGAAUAUUUCAGUGUUUCAAAUCUAUACGGUAUUAUGCAGAGUUUAAACGUACUGUAUAGGAAAAUGCAUUAAGCGCUUUUUAAUUCAUGGUUAUUUUUUUUACUUUGAAGGAACUAUGUGAAGAAUCUAGAAUUCUAAUACAUUAUUUUAAAUUUAUUUCGUUUAAAAAGAAUCUGAUAAUACAGUUGAAAAGCCAGCCAUCAGAAUACCUCAGAUACAUGUUGGUACCAUUCUGAACACAUUUCAACCUUGUUUCAUUUUAUCUUAAUUUUUCAUUUUUUUACUUUGGGUUUUUUCUAUUCCAUUUGCUUUUCUGUGUGUGUCUGUUGCUAUAGAAACAGAUUUGCCAUAAAAUGGUCAUCCGCAGACAACAGUAUCAUUAUUGCCUUAGUUGCAAAUGUUUGAACGUUCUGUACAACGGUUCACUAUUUAGCUGUGAAGUACCUUACUCGGCCUUUGCUAGUCUCAUUGGGGCUUAGACUUCCAUUGUUUGAAAUUAAAAGUUUCUGAAACUUUAUUGAAAUAAAAAUUUCAAACUGAA